CGGGUGCAGUCGGGAGUCGCGCGGGGCGAGGCGGUCGCUAGGUCCUAGUCCAGGAGGGAGGGUCUCCGGGGUUGUCUGUUAAGGCCCCGGAGGAUACCCCCUCACCUCCGGCAACGUCACCCCCUUCACCUAGCUACCCCUCCCCCCGUCUCUGUAGACUGCGAGACUCCACAAGUGACUUGCUGAGCAAAUGCUGCCCAGAAGAGAUCUGUUUUAGCACGACAGGCGGCGCGGUGUGGGAAAAGGCAAAAGAAACUGGCAUGCCUUUUCUCAGUGGAUAUCUCUUUUAUAGGCCGGCUUCAGAUUAAUGUUACUAUUUUGAAUGAAGGGACAGUUUUUUUGUUUGUUUUUCCUCAGCCUGUGGCCUACAUUAUUUCUUCACCAUCUGUUUCCCGGGGUGCUUGACAAAUAAUUUAAAAGCACCGGUAACUCAACUUUUUCACUGAUUGAUCGCAUUAUUGUAAGAUUAAUUAAAAGUAACUUAGGUCUUGAACCUGUGCAGGAGUUAGUUGCUAAAAUCUUAAACUUCACCAUAUCACUUUAUUUUUAAGUAUUGGUUUAAGAAAUUCUCUGAAACAAACCUGUCCAAUUCAGUAACCACUAGCCACGUGUGACUAUUAAGGACGUGAUAUGCUGGCUAAUCAGAAUUGAGAUGUGCUUUAAGUGUUGACGAUUUAAUAGAGAAGAGCAAUGUAAAAUAUUCUGUUAAUAUUUUUGUACUGAUUACGUGUUGAAAUAAUACUAUUUUCAGUACACUGUUAAAAUCUAUUUAAAUUUUCACUUUUUUCUCUUUACUUUUUUAAUGGCGCUACUAGUAUAUUUAGCAUUAUAUAUGUGGCUCACAUUUCUGUUGGACAGCAUUGCUCUAGAUGUUUACGAGGAAAUAUGGAAAAUUACUGGGAACAGGUAACAGCAGUAGGUAAAAGCAUUGCCAAGUAAGAUGUUUGCAGGUAAGACUGUUUCCAAUAAAAAUAAUAGGUGAUAGUUUUAAUUUGCUUUUCCUGCUGGAGAAAUAAGUGUGCUUUGCAAUCAUUUGUCGCCCCUCUUUCCCCUCCAAUUUAGUGCUUAGUGUGUUUCUGUAGCAUGAUUAAUGGGAUUCACUAAGCAGCAUUAGGAAGACUUAGGUAAAUGAUUCACUAAUGAAUGACCUUAUGAUUUUCAAAGCACUUUCCCAGCCCAUUUUUCACUGGUAUAGAGUCAAAGGUAAGAUGGCUUAUCAAUAGUCAUCUCACUUAAACCUCAGUGAAUUUUCCCAGUAAAUUUCGAAGUAAAUCCAAGCAUACCUAGUACCUAGUUUAAUUGUGCUUCACUUUAUUGCUCUUUUCGAGUACUGCUUUGUGUUUAUUUAUUUUAACAAACUGAAGAUUUGUGGCAACUCUGCACAGGUGUCAUUUUUCCAACAGCAUUUGCUCACUUCCUGUCUGUCACAUUUUGGUAACUUCAAACUUUUAUUAUAUUUGUUAUAGCUAUCUGUGAUCAAUGAUCUUUGUUUCCAUUGCAAAAAGAUUACUUCUUGCUGAAGACUCAGAUGAUGGUUAGCAUUUUUUAGCAAUAAAGUAUUUUUUAAUUAAAGUACGUACAUUGCUAGACAUCAUGCUAUUCAACACUUAAUAGAGUAUAGUGUAAACAUAACUCUUAUAUGCACUGGGAAACCAAAAAAUUAAUGUGACUUGUUUUAUUGCGAUGGUCUGGAACCAAACUGACAAUAUCUCAGAUGUGCCUGUAUCUGAUUAUGGGCUAUUUGGCCAAGUGCAUGGAAGGGCUGCGUAGGACAUGUGAUACUUCAUUUCCAAGUUGUUUUAGUUAAUACCAUUUUCUAUUAAUUUGAUCUAGUCUCCUCAAAGGGCCAAAUAAGGCUUUGGUUCACAAAUGAAGUGUCUUCAGAGGAUUGUUCCAAGUGAUUGAUGUAAUUUGAAUAUUUAUAUUUUUACUUGAUGCCUUUUAUCUAGGCCUUUGCUGCAAAUUUGCAUUUAAAAAAAUACCCAGAUAGUUUCCAAGUUAUAGAUGUUUAAGUAAAAUAACUUUUGAGCUGACAGCAUUCAAAUAAAACAGCUCUUUAUUUCACAGUUGAGAAUUGAAUUUGAGUUGCAAAGUAAUUAACAUUUGUUGGAAGUACUUAUUUGCUUCUUGGCCUACAGGGAAGAGCCAAAUUGUUUUCCAGAGAUACUGCUGUGUUUGUCCCACUGACUUUGCUUUCUUACUGAUCAAGGUAGCUUUGAGACAAAAGUGUUUGAGAACAUUUUUGUCCUUUAGGACAUUUUGCUGGUGAACAUUUUGUAUCUCUGUCAACUUAAAUUUGUUGUUGUUGUUGUUAUUAAGCUAGGCUAUCAGAUAAUAUUGCUUUCUCUUUUCUUUUUAGAAUUUCUUUGAUCGUGUUUCAGUAAGUCACUUGGAAGUAAGCUAGAAGUAGUGAAAUGUUUAUAAUUACUGUGUAUCUUAAUAUUACACUUAGGCAGUAUAUAUGAUCAUCUUUUCUACCUACUAUAUGUCUGUUAGUACAGGUAAAGAGAGGCAUUUAAUUGUCAAGGAGACCCAAGAGGCGACUGUAGUAAUCUGGAGCAUCUCUUGGAUUUUUCAGGGCUUUUGGGAUUCUGGGAUGGAGAGAGAGGGGCUGGGAUCUCUGGCUAGGUUGGAGUCAGCCUGCUUGUGUAUCUGUAUCUUGGAUGUAAACCUAGGAUACAAAACAGAAUGUGGCCUGAACACUGCUGGCCCUGGCUGACCAAAUCCUAAUGUGAGAGGGAUGCAGGCUUUGACUGGGAGCUAAGCUGCUAUAGCUGGCUGGAUGUAAAAGUCAUCCAUCUUUUCUGAAUACUUAGAGCCCAUAGCUCGGUUGCACCAUGUGUGGCAUUUGGGCCCUCUUUGGCAGCGAUGACUGCCUUUCUGUUCAGUGUCUGAGUGCUAUGAAGAUUGCACACAGGGGUCCAGAUGCAUUUCGUUUUGAGAAUGUCAAUGGAUACACCAACUGCUGCUUUGGAUUUCACCGGUUGGCGGUGGUUGACCAGCUGUUUGGAAUGCAGCCAAUUCGAGUGAAGAAAUAUCCUUACUUGUGGCUCUGUUACAAUGGUGAAAUCUACAACCAUAAGAAGCUGCAACACCAUUUUGAAUUUGAAUAUCAGACCAGAGUAGAUGGUGAGAUAAUCCUUCAUCUUUAUGACAAAGGAGGAAUUGAGCAAACAGUUUGUAUGUUGGACGGGGUAUUUGCAUUUAUUUUACUGGAUACUGCCAAUAAGAAAGUGUUCUUGGGCAGAGAUACCUAUGGAGUCAGACCUUUGUUUAAAGCCAUGACAGAAGAUGGAUUUUUGGCCGUGUGUUCAGAAGCUAAAGGACUUGUUAACUUGAAGCACUCCAUGACUCCUUUUUUAAAAGUGGAGCCUUUUCUCCCGGGACACUAUGAAGUUUUGGAUUUAAAGCCAAAUGGCAAAGUGGCAUCAGUGGAAAUGGUUAAAUACCAUCACUGUAGAGAUGAGCCUCUGCAUGCCCUGUAUGACAACGUGGAGAAGCUCUUCCCAGGUUUUGAGAUAGAAACUGUGAAGAACAACCUCCGGAUCCUUUUUGACAAUGCCAUUAAGAAACGUUUGAUGACAGACAGAAGGAUUGGCUGCCUCUUAUCAGGCGGCUUGGAUUCCAGUUUGGUUGCUGCCACCCUGUUGAAGCAGCUAAAAGAGGCCCAAGUACAGUACCCUUUUCAGACAUUUGCAAUUGGCAUGGAAGACAGUCCUGAUUUACUAGCUGCUAGAAAGGUGGCGAAUCACAUCGGGAGCGAACACCAUGAAGUCCUCUUUAACUCUGAGGAAGGCAUUCACGUCCUGGACGAAGUCAUAUUUUCCCUGGAAACUUAUGAUAUUACAACAGUCCGUGCUUCAGUAGGUAUGUACUUAAUUUCCAAGUACAUUCGUAAGAACACAGAUAGCGUGGUGAUCUUCUCUGGAGAAGGUUCAGAUGAACUUACACAGGGUUACAUAUAUUUUCACAAGGCUCCUUCUCCUGAGAAAGCCGAGGAGGAGAGUGAGCGGCUUCUGAAGGAACUCUAUUUGUUUGAUGUUCUCCGAGCAGAUCGAACUACUGCCGCCCAUGGCCUUGAAUUGAGAGUCCCGUUCCUGGAUCAUCGAUUUUGUUCCUAUUACUUGUCUCUGCCACCAGAUAUGAGAAUCCCCAAGAACGGAAUAGAAAAACAUCUCCUGAGAGAGACAUUUGAGGACUCUGGUCUGAUACCUAAAGAGAUUCUCUGGCGACCAAAAGAAGCCUUCAGUGAUGGAAUAACCUCAGUUAAGAAUUCCUGGUUUAGGAUUUUACAGGAAUACAUUGAACAUCAGGUUGACGAUGCAGCGAUGGCAGGCGCAGCCCAAAAGUUUCCGGUCAACACGCCCAGAACGAAAGAAGGCUACUACUACCGCCAGAUCUUUGAGCGCCACUACCCGGGCCGCGCUGACUGGCUGCCUCACUACUGGAUGCCCAAGUGGACCAGCGCCACUGACCCCUCGGCCCGCACUCUGACCCAUUACAAGGCCGCUGCCAAAGCUUAGGCACUCCCCAUGCCAUGGAGGGAAAGGAAACAUUUCUCCUUGCUGUGAAGGCUAGGGGGCUAGGGGGCUGGAAGGGUCAAUGGCUCAGGCUUGCUUGGGUGUGAAAAAAUAAAAGUCUUAAAUC